AUGGCUACUGCAACAGGGAGGGACGUAGGCACCGCCAAGUCGCGCAAGAGAGCAAGCGACACAGAGCUUGGAUUUCCCAAGAAACCCAAGAUUGAAGCAAAGACGGACCCGACAAGAUGGCGGAUGAAGGACGACGAUAGUCGCCACACAUGGCACUACCUAACGACCAAGAAAGCUGCCCAAGAGUGGCCUCAGAGCUAUGCUGAGAAAUAUUACUUGGGUCUACCGUUGGACCUCCCUGCUCUUCCCAAAGCCGAGACGCCCCUGGAUGCUGCUAAAAAUGCACUCGAAUUCUUCGAAAAGCUUCAACUACCUUCGGGUCAUUGGGGAUGCGAAUACGGAGGCCCAAUGUUUCUCCUUGCCGGCAUAGUCGUCUCUUGGUAUGUCACCAAGACGCCAAUUCCAUCCGCAUACGCAACCGCGAUAAAAGACUACCUGGCGGCUCGAGCGCACCCCGAAGACGGCGGCUGGGGAUUGCACAUUGAAGGUGAAAGCACAGUCUUCGGCAUCACACUCAACUACACGGUGCUGCGCUUGGUUGGUGUUGACCCUGAGGACCCUCUCAUGGUCAAGGCUCGGGGUACCUUGCACAAACUCGGAGGAGCUGUCAACUCACCGCACUGGGCCAAGUUCUGGUUGGCAACCCUGGGUGUGGUAAGCUGGGAUAUUGUCAAUCCCGUGCCGCCUGAGAUUUGGCUGCUUCCAGAUUGGGUACCUAUUGCGCCUUGGAGGUGGUGGAUUCACAUCCGAAUGGUCUUCUUGCCCAUGGGAUACAUUUACUCAAAGAAAUGGAGCUGCGAAGAAACGGAUGUCAUUCGUGGUCUCAAGGAGGAGCUCUUUACGCAACCACAUGCCGAAAUAAACUGGGCCGCCCAUCGAAACAGCAUCGCACCUGGCGACAACUAUCACCCCAAAUCAUGGCUUCUUAACACUGCCAACUGGUUUAUUGUCAAUGUCUGGAACGCCUAUCUCAGACCCAAUUUCAUCAAAGAGCGAGCUGAGCAAUGGGUCAGCCAGCUAGUAGACAUGGAGGAUGCCAACACAGGAUAUGCAGACUUGGCACCUGUAAAUGCGCCUAUGAACACUAUUGUAUGCUAUAUUCGAGACGGCCCCGAUGCUUUCAGCACUAGAAGACACAUUGAACGACUGGACGAAUAUUUGUGGGUGAAGGAUGAGGGUAUGCUCUGCAAUGGUACCAAUGGCGUCCAAUGCUGGGACACUGCAUUCUUGAUUCAGGGUGUCUUUGAGGCCGGUCUUCAGAACGACGAACGCUGGCGGCCCAUGCUAACACGAGCACUCGAAUACUUGGAGCGUCAGCAGAUUCGAGAGAAUUGCGCAGACCAGGAGAAGUGCUAUCGACAACCACGAAAGGGCGGCUGGCCAUUCAGCAAUAGAGACCAAGGAUAUGGCGUCAGCGACUGUAUUUCUGAAGCAUUGAAGGCCAUCAUCCUGCUCCAAAAGGUCGGCGGGUUCCCGACAGUGCUAGAGGACCAGCGCAUCUUUGACGCAGUAGACACUCUGCUGCUCUAUCAAAACGACAAUGGCGCGUUAUCUUCGUACGAGGCUAGACGAGCCGGCGAGUACAUGGAAAUGCUCAAUGCCGCUGAAGUGUUUGGACGAAUCAUGAUUGAGUACGACUACCCCGAGUGCACCACAGCUUGCGUUACAGCUCUUUCGCUAUUCAAUAAACACUGGCCGGAUUACAGAACAAAGGAAAUCAAACUCUUCAUCAGCCGAGCUACGAACUGGAUCAAGACAAAUCAGCGAAUUGACGGUAGCUGGUACGGCAGCUGGGGAAUUUGUUUCACGUAUGCAACCAUGUUUGCGCUGGAAAGCAUGGCUAGCAUUGGCGAGACGUAUGCCAAUAGCAAAAUCUCGCGACGCGGCUGCGAAUUCCUCCUUUCCAAGCAGCGAGAGGAUGGCGGCUGGUCCGAAAGCUACAAGGCUUGCGAAACAAUGGAAUACCAUGAGCACCCCAUGGGCUCAUUGGUUGUCCAAACAUCGUGGGCAUUGAUUGGCCUUAUUGAGGCUGACUAUCCUGAUGUCGAACCCUUGAAGAAGGGUAUCAAGUUGAUCAUGGAAAGACAGCAGGAGAAUGGCGAGUGGCUCCAAGAAGCGAUCGAGGGCGUGUUCAACAAGUCUUGCAUGAUUUCGUAUCCUAACUACAAGUUUACAUUCACAUUGAAGGCGUUGGGAUUGUUUGCGAAGAAGUACCCUGAUGUCAAGAUUGGGAUAUAA